AUGGCUUCAAACGAACUACCCCACGUCAAGCUCUUUUGGCUCGAGAAGUCGCGCUCCCAGCGCAUCCUCUGGCUGCUCCAGGAGCUCAAUCUGCCCUAUGAGCUUGAGAUCUUCCACCGCAACAAGAAGACCAUGAUGGCUCCCCCGGAGCUGCAAAAGGUGCACCCACUGGGCAAGUCGCCUGUGAUCCAGAUCAGACCUGCUGGCGCCGCUGAAGACGCUGAGCCCAUCACCCUGGCUGAGAGUGGCUUCAUCACUCAGUAUCUUGCGGAGAACGUGCCUGAGGGUAAGAAGCUGGUGCCUCAGCGAUGGAAGGAGGGUAUGGAGGGCAAGAUUGCUGGCGAGACUGAGGCUUGGAUGAGAUAUCAGUACUAUCUUCACUAUUGUGAAGGUACUCUCAUGCCUCCUCUGGUCAUGGCCCUCGUUAUCAGCGCCCUCAAGUCUCCCCAGGUUCCCUUCUUCAUCCGCCCCAUUUCAACAAUCCUUGCCAACCGCAUCUUCUCAGCCUUUAUCUUCCCCAACGUGCACGUUAAUCUCAAGAUGAUCGAAGGUCAUCUCGCUACAUCAGGUGGCAAGUACAUCUGUGGACCGCAACUCACUGCCGCGGAUAUUCUCUUGAGCUUCCCAUUGAUUGCUGCCAAAGAAGAUCUCGACAACUUUGGAAGCUUUGAGAAUGGCUCCUGGAAGUCAGAGUUUCCGAAAUUGGCCGAGUAUAUUGAGUUGAUUGAGAAUGAAGAGGGCUAUAAGAAGAGUGUAGAGAAGAUUGUUGAGAUUGAUGGAGAGUUUUCUGCUACUCUUCGACCGGGACAAUGA